AUGGCAUCCCCAGAGGAAGAUCAUAAUACGACAAUGGGAGGAGAUACUGAGGCAGAUCAUGUCUCCCCGCAGUCAGCUGCCCCGCGUUGGAGGCGGAUCUUUGGGGGAAAGCCCAAAGAAAAGUCCGACUCCAGCGAGGAUCAAACUUAUCGCGCAAAAGCGACGCUAGGUAUAUUGAGCGAUAAACACACUGAUGAAGUACCUGGAACGAUACUUCUUCUAUCUUCGAAUCGAAAUGAGCCCUUGGGAAUGAGACAUCAACCCCAUCGGACCUCGACAUCGUCUAUUUCCUCGUCUUAUCGCCCCUCCAGAUCUAAUUCUCGAACCCGUAUGCCAAUCCAAAAGAGAACAGCAGAUGGUCAAUUUGUGCUUGAUCCUCAACCAGACGACUCUGUCAAUGAUCCAUUAAAUUGGCCUGUCUGGCAGAGAGAUGCCGCGUUGUUGUCGCUAGGCUUCUAUUGCUUGAUGGGAGGUGGCAUGACACCCAUUUUGGCAGCCGGGUUUACUGAUGUCGCAAAUACAUAUCAUGUCAGCACACAGCAAGUUGCUUUCACUACUGGAUUCUAUAUGCUGGGCUUGGGUCUGGGAUCUGUUGUCAUGUCACCCACGGCGAUUCUAUACGGAAAACGACCAGUUUAUCUCCUAGGAGCCACUCUGUUUGUUAUCUCGGCAGUAUGGUGUGCUUUAUCGCCAAACUACCCAAGUCUCGUUGUCGCUCGCAUUUUCCAAGGAUUUGCCGUGAGCCCAGUUGAGUGCCUUCCCUCUGCCACCAUCGCAGAGAUCUAUUUCUUACACGAAAGAGCCUACCGGGUGGGAAUCUACACACUCCUCUUACUCGGCGGCAAGAACCUUAUCCCUCUAGUGAGUGCCGCAAUCAUACAAGGUUUGAGCUGGCGCUGGGUGUUCUGGAUUGUUGCAAUAGUCGUGGGCGCGUGCCUGGUCUUGCUCUUUUUCUUUGUUCCUGAAACAUUUUGGGAUCGUACUCCUCGACCUCGUGUACACAGACAUAAACGACCACGUCCAGGCCGCAGUGUUUCUGACUUUGUUUCCCACGGCUUCCGUGGGCGGCAUCCGCACAUUCAAGUUCCAGAUGAGCCUACCGAACAAGACCAUCUAGAUCAGACUCUCACACCGAAACGAUCAAAGCAUGCACAUGUUGGAUUCGCGGAUGACCAGCCAGAAGACUUUUCUCAGGAAUUGAACACCGAAAAGUCAAAUGUUGCUUCAGAGGCAGGAAACACCCAUGCCGACCAUAUCAAUACUCAGCCUCCUAUCCCAGCCAACGAAGAAAGUAAUGAUUAUCUUCAACCACCAUCUCACGCCUUUGUCCCUGGUGCACACCCGGAUGACUUGGAAGCGUCUCGGCCAGUGGCUGUCUCGCCCGCGAGAACGGAUUCUCUAGAGCCUUCUGGAACACCGAUGACGGCAACACUUCAAUACACAAACCGACUUCGCGAGCGCCCGAAGAUCCCAUACUCGCAACUACUUGGCGUAUGGAAUGGACGAAUUGCACAGGACCGUUGGUACCGAGUUGCCGUGCGACCCUUUGUUUUAUUCGCCUAUCCUUCUGUGCUCUGGUCAACAGUGGUAUACGCUUUAUCGGUCGGCUGGCUGAUCGUGCUUUCGGAGUCAGUUGCGCACAUUUUCGAAAGUAAAGAACACUACAACUUCACAGCUCUGCAAACUGGUCUGGUUUACAUAUCACCGUUUGUUGGUGGUCUUCUUGGGACUGCGGUGGCGGGCAAAGUAUCGGAUAUUAUUGCUAAGUACAUGACCAAGCGCAACGGCGGUAUCUACGAGCCUGAAUUCCGUCUCGUGAUGGCAAUUCCCAUCGCCUUAUCCACGGUCAUAGGUUUGAUGGCUUUUGGUUGGAGUGCUGAGAUCGGAGACUCUUGGAUCGUGCCUACUAUCUUCUUUGGAAUGAUCUCAUUCGGCUGCUGUUUGGGCAGCACGACGGCUAUCACUUUUUGUGUGGAUAGCUAUCGCCAAUACGCCGGCGAAGCGCUGGUUACGCUGAAUUUUAGCAAGAAUGUGCUCCACGGCCUUGUUUUCUCGUUGUUUAUUGUGGAUUGGCUUGAUGCCAAAGGUUCACGCUCUGUGUUCCUGACUAUUGGCGGUAUCCAACUAUUUUUCAUGCUCAUGUCGAUCCCCAUGUAUAUUUACGGCAAACGAGCUCGAAUGUGGACUGUUCGAAAACAGUUAAUGGAGCGGCUUUGA